AUGUUUGCAUCAGUCUUUAGGGGCUGGACGAGCAGAAACAGCAUAAAAACAGACAGAGCGAGACACAGCGCCACAUCAGAGCUGCACCUCCAGGACCAGGACCUUAACAGAAGCAUCAGCUGCCCCGGGCCUCCAGGACCAGGACCUAAACAGAAACAUCAGCUGCCCCGGACCUCCAGGACCUCCAGACGAGUCAUGAAGCUGCUCCUCCUGCUGGCAGUUGCUGCCAGCCAGAUGGAGCUCUCUGCCUCUCAGACUGUCACUCUGAAUGCUCCUGGUGGAAACAUCAACAUCAGCACCAUGCCCAUCACUUUCUAUGGAAAAACAUACACAUGGUUACACGUGAAGAUCGGCAAUAAGUUUGAAGUUUGUUUAAAAAAUGACCCAUCUGAGGACGACAUUGACUGUGUGGUGACCAGCGACGGGGUGGCUUCAGACAAAGUGGUCUACAAUAUACAAAAGACACCAGUUCCCCCUCACUCUUCUCUUGUUAACAUCAAAACCCAGGGACAGGGUUACAUUUUCUUCGAGUUCUAUACUGGUGCUACAUUUAAUAUGGAUUGGAUAUUCAUCAAUUAUGGGUUGCAAGCUGCUUGCUAUACAUAUCAUUAUGCUGGCCGUCCGUUUUCUGAUAGUUUAAACAUUUCUACAACAGUCGGUGGCACAGUGAUGGAUACCUGGGAGCCUCCUGCAGGAACAUCUACUCUUCGAGACCUGAGUGGAUGCAGAGGCUCAGGUGGCGCUGUAAUGCCGGGUUCAGAGAUGCCCAACUUAGGGCCCUGCUCUACUGGAGUCUGUUCUCUGUCUGCAGUCCUCUCUACUGUCACUGCAUGUGGGCCCGAGGAGGUUUGCCAAGCGGACAACACGUGCGCUGCUCCUGCUCUUGCUCCUGCUCCUGUUCCUAAGGCCCCGGUGGUGUGCACGGUGACGGGCUCCACGGUGAUCGGUUUCCACGGAUCAGUGCACUCUGUCCAGGAUCGCUGUGCCUACAGUCUGAUGGAGCCUGAAGGCAGCGCCAGCUUCAACCUCAUGGCCGCUUUCAGGGAGCGCCGGCGUACAGAUGUUCCUCUUCUGGACCACCUGAUCCUGUCGCUGCCAGGUGUGACCAUGUAUCUGGAGCAAGGAGGAAGAGUUCGGGUUGGUGGUGAAGCCCUGGUGCUCAGCAGCACAGCUCAGCUGAUGCACGGCGUGGAGCUCUCCAAGGACCAGACUGGAGUCACUGCUAAGUUCCCGUCCUCCAACAUGACUCUCUUCUUUGAUGGCAACAGCGCACAUGUGACAGGACUUCCUGAAGCUGUAGAGGGUUUGUGUGGCAGCCCCUCCAACUCCAGCUGGACCACCACCCCGACUGCAGAGAAGUCCUCUAUCAGCCUCCCUGGCUGUGAGAUUCAAUACCAGGACUCAGUCGACAGCGCCAUCAACUGCAACCGCUCCACCGACCACUGUAAUCUCAUGAGGCAGCCUCCCUUCUCCGCCUGUCACGAGCACACCGACCCAGAGCCGUACAUCAGCGCCUGCACACACACUCUGUGCAGAUACCCGUCAGUGGAUGGGGUCGACUGCCACUUUUUGGAGGCUUACGCCAAGGCCUGCAGCCUGGAAGCCAACGUGACCCUGGAGGACUGGAGGUCAACUUCUGGCUGCUGUAAGACCCUCUUCUGUCAGCAGCCCUGCAGUGAUCAUGAGUUCUGUGGAGCAGAGAUCUGGUCGUCGUCUCGCUGCUUCUGUCGGGCUGGGUUCUCCUCCAAGUACAGAGCCACCAAGUCUUUAGGCGAGCCGCCGGUCUGCAGGCAGGGCUCGGCCACUGUGACUCUGGCUGGAUGUCUGCUGGCUGACAAAGGCAUCGAAUUCUCCACCUUACACCUGAAAGACCCCAGCUGCAAGGGCCACAUGGACCCCCAAAGCCACCUGGUGACCUUCAGCUUCGACAGCAGCAACACCUGCGGGACGGAGGUCAUGAAGAACGGCAGCCAGACCGUCUACGAGAACUCCAUCGUGUCGAGCAACCGCUCAUCAGGCGGCGUCAUCACGCGCCAAGACCAACUCAAGAUCGACUUCUCCUGCUUUUACAAACAGCCGGAGGUCAAGAGUGUGUCCUUCACUAUCAGAGACAGCUCUGUGGUGCAGCACAUCGUAUCUGGAGAGUGGAACUACACUCUGACGAUGAGCUCCUUCAGCGACGCCGGCCUCCUGCAGAAUGUUGGGCCGAAAACAGAGAUCAAGCUGAACCAGAAGGUCUGGCUGCAGCUGGAGGCGGGGGGGCUGGACGCCAACAUGGUCGCCAUGGUGACAGACUCCUGCUGGGCAACCAAUCAGGCGUCACCUGAUGAUUCGCUACGAUACGACCUCAUCAUCAACGGAUGUCCGAACCCUGCUGAUGAUACGGUGCAGAUGCAGGGAAACGGACAGGGAACGUCCAGCGUUUUCUCCUUCAACAUGUUCCAGUUCUCUGGAGGAAGCAGUGAAAUCUACCUGCACUGCAAACUGGAGCUGUGCCCCACACAGGGCCAGGCCUGCACUCCGAGCUGUGGGGGGGCAGCUCGCAGGAGGCGCAGAUCUGCUAAAUACGCUGAUGGGAACGCGGCCCUCAUCACUAUGGGAUGGAGAAACUGAAGAGCUUUGCAUGCUGAUUCCUGACGGUGGAAAUGAAGGUCUUGUUGCUGUGAAACUGAGCCGGCACAUUAUCUGAGAUUAUGCUGAGGACUCCAGUUAUUCUGAGUUUUAACUUCUUUAUGAUGUGGGGGAAAUAAUCAAAAGGGGUUCUUUUACUAUGUGCACUAGUAUAUAUAUAUAUAUAUAAUUUCUUCUUUAAUAUACUGUCUGUUUGUAAAUGUGCACAGCCUGAAAGCUACCUGAGUGUUAAAGAAGGGAAACAGGAAGUGAAUGAGAACUGAAAUGUGGAUGACUACCCAGGAAGAGGAUCAGAUCAGAUGUAAUUCCUCAGAGCACGCUGUUGUACUUUUAUUAUGAUUGUAUUACUAUGAGCAAAAUGUAUUACUUUAUUUAGUCCAUUGAUAAUAAGAUUGAGAUAUGUAACAUCUUUAGGGGAAUAAUAGAAGUGAAGCAUACAGCAGCAUUACGCAACAACAUCCCCUCCAAUGAAACACACAGGAUCAGCUGAUACGAGGAACUCCUACACAACACAAGUCAUUCAGUGAAAGAUCACCUCUCUGCCAUUAGACCCAGAUUAGAUGAGACGUAUUACCUGUCACUGCUGGCAACAUCAGGACAUAUACGAGUACUGCUCAGAUCAAAUGACGGUAUAGCCAAACAUCGAUGUAUUAUUUACAAUGAUCCCAAUCCACAGCAACAUGGUCUCAAACUCUACGCUCAUUUGAUAUAUUUGUUUUUCCAAGAAUAAAAUGAAGCGCAGAUCAAAAAUGAAAACACGAAGAAGCACAAAACGUCUUAACUUGAGACGUUGUGAGUUUUAAAGAAGUGAAUUAUUAUCAGACUGAAGUCAUUCCCAAAGGAGAGGUUGUUGCACGCUGUUGUACCUUUACUAGGGUUGUAUUACUAUGAGCCAAACAUACUUUACUUUAUUUAGUAAUACAUGGAUUAUAUUUAGAAAUGUAACAUCUUAAUAUGUGUCCGAUGAAGAAAAGUGAUCAGAAAAGGGUUUUAUUAGGAUGAUUUUAUUACUAUACGCAGAAAGGUUAGGGUUAGUUCACCAAGUGAUGUGACGUAUGAAUACCAUUCAGUCAUUGAGCAAUUAUAUCUAUAAAUGUAACAAUUAGAUUUAGAAAUGUAACACCUUUAGUGAAAUAACAGAAGUGUCUAAUGAAGGGUUUAGAGGGGUUCUUUUACUAUGUGCACUGGUAUAUAUAUAUAUAUAUA